AUGUCUCUUAUUUCAGCUACUGGUUUUGAUCCUCGAACGCCGCAGACUGUUCUCAACUACGAAGAACUAGUGGAGACCUUCGUUGAAAAACGUGCCACCUUUGAGGCUGCAUUGCAGCGAGCCGAACAAGAACUAUACUCGAGACCCUCCCUUCCAUCCCACGAACACUAUACCAACGGUGUACUGAGUACCCUCAAUUCUGGCAAUGAGACACAACCAAGAUUCAAAACAUUGCGGCGGCUGGGCCGAGGCUCCUUCGGGCAGGUUGACGAAGUGGAAGAGAUCUCUACUGGAAAUAUAUAUGCCCGAAAAAACAUUCUGGUCGGCGGUGCAACUGCACGGCGGCGCAAGGAGGAAAUCGAAAAGGAAUUCCGUAUCAUGGAGAAGUUGACCCACGUUCACAUUACCACCGUGAUUUUCUGGCUGCGAAGCGACACAGUCUGCAGUAUCUUCAUGAAGCCGGCCUGCGAGAUGGAUCUCCGUAAUUACCUGGAAGACUGCAUAAGAUGGAGCUACCCUCAAGACGCCUUGAGGCAAAUGCUGCCGUGGCCUGGCUGCUUGAUGCACGCGCUAGCCUUUGCCCACCGGUUAAAUAUCAAACACAAAGACAUCAAGCCUUCAAACAUCUUGAUCAAGGGCAGCGAUAUCUAUUUGGCUGAUUUCGGCAUGGCAAAAGACGACGUCCCAGACGAUAUUGAGGGAAACGCAAGCUUUUCUGUCUGGGGGGCAUCGGUUUACCGCGCUCCCGAAAUCCGGCCAGACCAUCCCCAGGCUCGCGGCACCAAGGCUGACGUGUUCUCACUGGGGUGUGCGUUCGCGGAGAUGCUGACUGUUUGCUGCCGGCGGUCACUGCGAGAUUUCCAAGAAGCACGAAAGCUCACAACUGAAGACCGUGAGACGAUCGCCUUUCGGGCCAAUUUGCCCCAGGUCCACAACUGGCUCGGCGCCUUGCGUGGUCAAGGUGUGCAUGUGGUGGUCAACAUCCUGAUUUACAACACCGAGAACAUGCUCCGUGAAGACCCGGAACAGAGGGUUUCGGCAGAUCAAGGUAUAAUGCUUCUGCAAGGGGAUCCUGGACGUCAGAGUCUGUUUUGCCCGCUGCACUAG